CACCUUUUCCACAACAAGAAGAGAUACAGAGAAACAAGUUUAAAUUUUCCACAACAAUCAAAGAGAAAAAGAGAGAGAUGGCUCAAGCCGCUGUUGCAACAGAAACCCAAGCCGGCCGGCAUCAGGAGGUUGGCCACAAGAGCCUUUUGCAAAGCGACGACCUCUACCAGUAUAUUCUUGAAACAAGUGUAUAUCCAAGAGAGCCAGAGGCCAUGAAAGAACUUAGAGAAAUUACUGCCAAUCAUCCAUGGAAUAUAAUGACCACAUCUGCGGAUGAGGGGCAGUUCUUGAACAUGCUUUUGAAGCUGAUCAAUGCCAAAAACACCAUGGAGAUUGGAGUCUACACCGGCUACUCUCUCCUAGCUACUGCCCUCGCCCUUCCCGACGACGGCAAGAUACUGGCAAUGGACAUCAACAAGGAGAAUUACGAAUUGGGGCUCCCAGUAAUUGAGAAAGCUGGAGUUGCACACAAAAUUGAAUUCAAAGAAGGCCCCGCUUUGCCAGUUCUUGAUCAAAUGGUUGCAGAGGGGAAGUAUGAUGGUGCAUAUGAUUUCAUAUUUGUGGAUGCUGACAAGGACAACUACCUAAACUACCACAAGAGGCUGAUUGACUUGGUCAAAGUAGGGGGUGUGAUCGGCUACGACAACACCCUGUGGAACGGGUCCGUGGUGGCGCCACCGGAUGCGCCUUUGAGAAAGUACGUUAGGUACUACCGGGACUUCGUGCUGGAGCUCAACAAGGCGCUCGCAGCUGAUCCGAGGAUCGAGAUUUGCCAGCUGCCCGUGGGCGAUGGGAUUACCCUGUGCCGCCGCCUCAGCUGAUCGCAUUCCUUCUGCUUUUUCAUUGUGUUUUGCUUUUAACUAAAGUGAAAUUAAAGUUGGAUUUGUGGAUCAUGAACAAAUCUAAUUUUGUUAUUAUAUGAUGAUGCAUGCCCCUCAAAAUAUGUAAUGUUGAUUGAUAUUUUUUUAAUGCAAGAUGGAUGAUGCUUCUCUGUAUUA